CAUCAAUUGGCCGAAGCUUCGAUUCAAUCGAUUGAUGUUUCUCAACACCGCACCACUAUCACGAAGUACCUAACCCCGAGCUCUACGAUCCGCGAGCUCGACACGUUGGUCGGCGACCUACCGAGCGAAAUAAAAAUAGACGGUUAGAAAAACGAAAAGAAGCCAAAAUGCCGCAGGAUAUGCCCCCCACCGGGGGCUACGGCCCUGUUCAAUACAAGCGCAACCUCCCGGCCCCAGGUUUCCGCCCAGCAACCCUUCUCUUCGGCAUGGGCGCCAUCAUGCUCUACGGCUUCUACAAACUAGGCAAGGGCAACAAGGAGCAGAACGAACUUGCCCGAGAAAAGCUCUGGUCCCGCAUCUACUUAAUCCCCCUCCUACAAGCCGAGGAAGACCGCGACCAAGUGCGCAGAUACCUAGCCGAUCAGGCGCGAGAGAAGGAGCUCAUCGGCGAGAACAUGAAGGUGUAUAACACGGAUCGGUUCGUGAGACCUACGUAUGCUGUUACGCCGGCGAAUAUUACGAAAUAAGGGAUGGUGGUGUGGUUAUGGGGGCGAGAUGGAUAGGAAUACACUGGCUAGAGUGGAAGAGCUCCCCGUGUCAGGGUUGGGGGGUUGUAUAUACAUAUGAAGAAUGAAGAAAUUAAGAUCGUGAAGUCAAAUGACUUCGAUUGGA